UAUUGUUAUCAAAAAUCACAUAGGUUUUCCAUAAUCACUUACUAGUUUUUAACGUGAAUAGCUAAUAGAAAUCCCCCUUUCUCCUCCUUCCCUCACAGACUCACAGUACCUCAUGAACUGAUGCCAGGUCUUGUGUUUUAACAUGCUGGUUGGUCUUGUGUUUUCACUGUUCUGGCUGCAUGUAUGUUACUUUUAGGCUCCUGUAUUCCUGGUUGACUGGCCAUGGAGACAUGGAGACUGCGUAUGUGUUCAAUCACACUUCGUUUUUAUCACAACUGUCAAAGGUUCCUCAUCUAAACUAUUUCAGCCUUAGUUUUAAAGUUCUAUUAGAUUUGGGAUAUUUUUGUGUUAUCUGGUGAUGGUGAGUUUGUUGAGUUUAUUUCAGCUAAGCACAAAAUCAGGCUAUUCCAAAAACUGGUGUUUUACACUGAUCAUAUAAGAAAACUACUAAUAAAUAUUGUUAUAACGAGUUUCAUAACGCAGUUUUUGCCUCCAUACAGUGGCUAGUAUGUGGCGUGGGGAAAAAACGGUAGCAUCUAACUUUCCGCUGUCAACGUAAAAGACCGAAGAUAAAAAUAUGGCUUUACUUCUGUUGUACCCGGUAGACAUGUUCUCCAAAGGCACCAAGCGCAAGUUUUGCAGCGAUAGUGAUGAGAUGUUGGACGAAAGCCUGGCUGGUGCCAAGGUGUCUUCCUCAUACAGCCUGCAACGCCAGUCAUUACUGGACAUGUCACUUAUCAAGCUACAGCUGUGCCACAUGCUGGUGGAACCCAACCUAUGCCGCUCUGUGCUAAUUGCCAACACGGUGCGCCAGAUCCAAGAGGAGAUGACUCACGACGGCAGCUGGGUGGUCGCAGAGGCCUUCUGCAGUGGGAACCAAAGCACUUCGCAACGUCUUGUGGCCACUGAGGUGCUCUGUCGGUCGAGAGAUCAAGAAGGUGAGCCUAAGCUCUUCUCGGUUAUCAGCUAUGAAGGAUGUCGUGAAGAAGAAGUAGUGGCAGAUGAGACUCUAUGUUCAGUCUCUGUAAGCAGCCCUACCUCUGAUGUUUGUCUCUCCGAGAGCGCCUGCCAUGCCUGGGAAAGGGAGGAGGAGUCUUGUAAGGACACCAGGCUUGACCCUGAAGAUGAAGAUGAGGAAGAGGAAGAUGAAGAGGAAGAGGAGCGCUCUAUUAAGGUUCCAAAGGCAAUGGGUCAGGUUUUUGGGACUUUUGAGAUCAAGAAUGGUGGCUCAGGUCAAGAGUCGGCUCUUGAAGAGCUGUUUUCAGACGUAGAUGCAUCAUAUUAUGACCUUGAUACCAUGCUGACAGGUAUUCAGAGUGCUCCCAAAGUUGGUCCCUUUGACCUGCUGGACAAUUUGCCCCCCUCUCAUGUGCCAGCCUCUAUAGGCUCGCCAUCAAACUGUCGCUCUGAUCUUAAUGAACUGGACCACAUUAUGGAGAUCAUUGUUGGCUCUUAGACAAAAGUCUAGAGAUUUGGACUCUUUUUAAUGUGUCUAGCAUUUCUUUCUGUUCUGAAAAGCAAGUUUACUCUGCAGUCCUUUCAGGGAAAGGAGUGUGUCUUGUAAAGGAUGGCCAUUAUUAUAUGAGCUGAAUAUAGUUACCAUAUUUACAUACCUUUUGUAUAUGUUUAAUGUUAAGUUCUGUAUUUGUUUGUCCAGACAUUUUUAUUUAUUUCUUACAUUCAUUAUCACUACGUGGUUGGAGAGCAGAACAAGGUGUAUACAAAAUGUAAAAGAUAUUUUCAUAAAGAUGAAAUUGUCUAAAAGCUGUAUAUAGAUCUAUAUUUUUACAAUAGAUAUGGCUUAUCAGUCCGAUAGUUUGCUUUUACAUUGACAGAUCACCUAAUCUGUCUAAUUUGAGUAUUUUUUUCCUUAGUGGUCUUACACUUACUAAAAUGCUCAAAGGUGAAGAGCUUUUAUUUAUUUUACGGUUCAGAAAUAGCAGUAUGAGUGAUAGGAGUGUAACAAUACACAAAAUUCACGAUGACCUGCCCUGUGAUGGACGAUGUAUUCUGCCUUGUGCUCAGCGUUGAGUAAGUUCUGAAGGAUAUCUCUAUAAACCAGUGUGAAUGUUUUUGCACCACCGAACUUGUGUUGUUCAUCUUGCUUUUUUGAGGUUUUUCUUUGUCAUUUGUUUAUAUAUUUAUGGACCAAACUGGUUGAAUGGAUUGGUGGCACUGUCUUGUUUGUACUUUCCCCAGGUAAACUGACAGAGUUAAUCACUUUAACAUUAAUAUGAUUGCAUGCGGUUAGCAAACCAGCUCCACUUUUUAAUGAAUAAAGAUAUCACGCCAGGUUUGACUUAAAACACAUAGAAAGGUUAAAAUCCCUAGGACUGUAUUCACUGGUAACAUAAUUUUGGUUAUAGCUGUAAGAGUUCAUGAGUGUUGGUGAUCCACUAAAAAUGCUUAAAUGUCAAACUUCCUAAACCAUUACUUUGAUUCGUUUCCGGGAUAAUAUCCACAGUGCCGUCCAUGUUCUCUACCUUGCGGAGGACUUUUAGAUUGUGCUCUGUAUUAAAGAAAUAAAAAAUAUGUGUAUUGUUACACCCCUAAUAGAUACAGUAAGAAAUGACUUGUACUUUAGGUGCAUUUUUUCUGUUAAAAGUCAAAGUGUUCUUAUAUUUGUUUACUGACAAAUGAAGAAUAAUGGGGCAGCCCAAUUUAUGUAGUGACUUUUAAUUUAUUGUAUUUAUUUGUUGAAAACGUACAUGUUGAGUGUUGGCUUUGGUCAAACUCAGGGCAGGAGAUACUUUUUACUACUUUUACAAUUGGGCAUUUGCAUUAAUUGGAACCUCAUCUGUUUAAUACAAUUACUGUUUCUAAAUGAGCUUUUUACAUGUCUUCAUAUGUGUUGCAAAUUUACACACUUAAUGCACAUUGAUAUCAUUGUUUAGAUUUAGUUUUCAGUUCUGUUUUAGGCCAAAACCCUGUUACUAAAGCAAAUAAUUUGUCUUCUGGACACAAAUUAUCAGGUGAAUAAGUGAAUCUGAUGUCAAAGGUGCAGCCUGCUGUCUAGCUGCAGCCGUUAGGCCUCCCCCAAAUGUGCUAUACUGUUUGUCUAAUUCUAUGCAUUAAGUGUUGCAAUACACUUUCUAUGCACUAAGUGUUAGAGCACAUUUUACAGUACAGUAUUGAAUUUGUAUUUAACGGUCUGACAAAGGACUUUCUACAUUUUUGUCAAUGUUUGAAUGUUGUUUCGUUCCACAUUACACCACAUUUUCAAUUUUAAAUAUCAUAUGAAUCUAGAGUAGAGCGUAAAACAUUUUAUAUGCAUUGUAGCAUUUUUAUAUCUUUUUUUAAUAAAAGGUACAAAUUAUAA